CUACUACUACGACUACUACAACUUUGCAAUUUGCAGGCUCUUUGCACGUGCACAAUUUGCAAAGACACUCCUGCAAAGACUGAUGGGUGAUGAGCGUGCAUGUGAGUGCUCAAGGUCAAGGACCACCGCAGCAGCGACGACUGCCCCUGAUGCUGGUCCUUGUUGUUGGUGUCGUAAUCAGUGCUUUGAUGAUCCAGCCGCAUGCUGGGGUUUGUGCGCAAGCGCCACCCCAAGCACCAGCGCUGAAGCGCCCGUCCAUCACGCGUGACAGCCAAGGUGCCAUGCACGUGAACACAAGCGACCCAAUGCGCGAGCCUGUGUAUGUCAACGGGGUCGAUGUGUACGGCACCUUGAGCGAGCAGCAUCGCGUGAUUGCCACUCAGCAGGAGCUCAUUGAUCGCCAAGCAAGCCUGAAUCAAGUGCUGCGAAGUACAGUUUCGGCACAGCAGGCUGCAAUGAAUGCGCUUGAGGCGCAGGUAUGCUGGCUGAGGCGCCCGUUGGCCAGCACCACCACCAUCGCCGGCUUGGGAACAGGGUAUGAAAAGUAUUUCGGCGCGGUCCUUGCCAACAACGGUCUCAUCUACGGCAUCCCCCACACCGCCACCUCCAUUCUCGUCGUGGACCCAAGCACCAACAGCGCCAGCACGACCCUGUUUCCUCAGCGGUUUCCAGAACCGAGAAAAUGGGCGGAUGGCGUGCUCGCAAACACCGGUCUCAUCUACGGCAUCCCGUCGCAGUCCAGCGUCGUGCUUAUCAUCGAUCCAGCCAUCAACACAGCCGACACCACCAGCAUCAUGGGCCUUGGCUCUGAGCCAGACAAGUGGCACGGCGGUGUUCUGGCCCACAACGGCAAAAUCUAUGCCGUCCCAUAUCAUUCGCACGCCGUUUUGAUCAUUGAUCCCGACACGAACACGGCAGACAUCACCAGCAUCAAGUCACUGUUUGGUAUGUACAAGUGGUCGGGCGGCGUGCUUGCAGGCAACGGCCUCAUCUACUGCGUUCCCUUCAAUGCCCAGCGCGUGCUGAUCAUCAAUCCAGACACCAAUACCGCCGACAAGACCACCAUACCUGACUUGGAACCCCGCCUGCAGUUCUCUGGUGCUGUCCUGGCUAACAACGGCCUCAUCUAUGGUAUUCCCCUCCUCGCCGAUGACGUGCUCAUGAUCGACCCCGCAACCAACGCUGUUGACACAAUCAGCAUCACGGGCCUCGUCCCUGCCACCGCAAAGUGGUAUGGCGGCGUGCUGGCUCCGAACGGUCAGAUUGUCGGCUUUCCCAACCUCGCAGAGACCAUCCUCAUCAUCGACCCCGCCACCAACAGCGCCACCACUAACACUAGCUUCCCCCUCUUCAACCCAAGCCUCACAAAGUGGCGCGGUGGUGCUGUUGCCCCCAGUGGCCUCAUCUAUGGCAUGCCUUAUCUCGAGCAGUCUGUCCUCAUUAUUGACCUGGGUUGCUAAGGGUGGAAGUCCGUGUGCGUGCAUGUGUAGAA